AAGAGCUUGAGCGAGAACCGUCAUGUACAUCGCUGCUUCGCAUGGCGUUUUCCGAAAGUGGGAAACUAAUACAACAUUAGUACUCCAUGCCGCACUCUCCACAAGAUAUCAAAUCCAAACUAGACAAAGCAGUAGAUCCUGAAGGAAAUGUUGUGGAUAUGGUGGCGGUUUUGGAGUUAGUAACAACACUAGAGCGGCUGCCACUGACAAGGGAAGCUCUAGAGACAACACGGAUAGGGAAAACCAUUAAUUUGCUGMGGAAAAAGACAGAUAACAGUGACUUGGCUAAACGUGCUAAGAAACUUGUGAAAAAAUGGCAGAAACUUGUAAUUAACCAACUAGAAGCAUCUAGAAGUAUCGAAUCACCAUUAAAUGGCAGUCGCAUUUCAUCUCCGCAAAUCAAUGGUGCAAUAAGGGAUGGAAAGACGUCUUCAACAGAUAAGCUGAAAGCCAAAGUUAACGAGGGAAGUAAAAAAGGUUUGAAAAGAAAGCGCAGUACAUCAAGCUUGAGUAGCUCGCCUUUAACGCUGUCACAAGACACAAGUCCUUAUACACCAAGUGACAACUCUAGCAAUCCAUCCUCUCCCUUCACAACUAUAGCUACCACUGACCUGCUGGSUAAAGAAUCUCAACCUAUUGAAGCUAAAAGACAAAAACUUACUAUAGAAACAAAUGAUAAAAAUGGUAGUGUGCUAUUAAACGAUAAUAUAACACGUAAAGACACUGAAGUAGAUGCGAAGACUACUUCAAACGCAAAUUCAAAUCACCCAGAUGUACAUAUUGAUAUAAAUACUGCACAAGAUAGUAAAAUCAGKAGAGGACCUGAUAGUUUUGAUAGUUUUCAUAAUGACAGUGGUAUUGAUUCACUGGAAAGCCAUGUAAAUACUCCUUCAUAUUCUCAAGACUUAACACCCAGCCAAGAUACAGACAUCACAAACAGCAGCACAAUUGAUAGCAAUGUACAGAAAGAUUUAACUAAUGACAUAAAAAACAAAAAUAAAGAAGCUGAUGAACAUUCAGUUACUAAGAAUGGUUUGCAGGUGGAGAAUACCAGUGUGGAGGCACCUCUUYCAUUGACACACAACCUUGAAUCUCCUACAACAAGUAAUCRAAUAAUCACCUCGGAAAAUGMAAAAAYUGAUACUGUAACAAACUUACAAGACUUAAAAGACACCUCGGAUCGGAAAGAAAAUCCAACUGAAAUUUCAAAUGAAAGCAAAUUCGAAAAUGAUGAAGUGGAAAAUGAACCAAUGGAAGUUGAAUCGACAGAUCCCAAAGAUCUUGUCCUGGAUCUUGACCAGGAAGCUAAUGGUAUCAACGGUCGUUUUAAUGACCAGGGCACGUGGUACUCCUGGACGGAUGUGAUGCCUUGUAAUGAAGGAAACUUACACAUUUUGCCUUAUGUUAUUCUAGAUUAAUAUGAUUGUUGUCAUGGACAUACUCUAAAUGAGGAGACUGGGACUUCCUCUCUAAAUUAAAUACAAAAAUAUCGAAAUGAMACUUCACAAUGAGGAAUUGCUGCAAGAUUUCAGAAUGGUAAUGCAGAUAUCCUGUUAAUGAAUGACCGGUGUGUUGUGAAGAAUGAACUGUCAGGUAUUGAUGCCGCAGGUCCUUAACAGUGGCGGGUCCAGGGGUAGAAAACGGGGUCAGCUGCAAGCAAGUUUUAUGAUCUGYAUUCUAACGAGCAGCAUUCAAAUAUUAAAAGCAAAGACGUAGAAAAUCUGGACCCCUUUUUCAAAAAUCCUAGUCCACCACUGCUUAAAAUUCUUGACCAAAACAUUCUAUUAGAUUCAAGAUGCCUGGACAUGUCUCUGGUCAAAAUUAAGAGUGAUAUAUUACAUGUUGUAGGAACCUGUGCGACUGAGGUAGUUUCUCAUUUAGAACAUGAMCAAUUUAGAGUAUUUGAUAUUCAAAGGAUUGCAAAUCACUAAGUUAAGUAUCUUUAAAAAUGAUUAAAUUAAAAUUGGAGUGAUUUUCAUCAACUUCUGAAAAUAUAUACAGCUAUUUUAGAAAACGUUUAACACUGAAUAUAGUGAAUUGGUCGAUCUAUUGCCGUUCAAAAGGAUUUUUUUAUUCGUGGUUUCAGAAUAACGAUAUUAGCAUCGUAACACCAAUGGUUGACUUUCGCGAUUUCCUUUACGCUGUGUUAGCCUCAAUUGUGUGCAAAAUAUUCAGAAAUUGAAAACUCGUAAAAUUUCAAACUAUUUCCAUUGUCUUUGUCCAUACAUGUCGGAUCUCUUGCGUUGGCACAGGCUGUUGGUGAAUAAAAUGAUUUAUUACAUGAUUUUGAGGCAGCGUAAAAGAGAUCGCUAAAAGGGCCGGCUUAUCAUAUAACGCAGCUAUUGUUGAGUUUAAUAGCAACAGUGCAAUAUAGUCCAGUCCUGGCCUCUCGUUUCCGACGCUCGCGGAAUCGCUGGAAAGAGAGUCCAGUAUAACUUGCAUGCGCAUGUGCAGGACCAGCCAAUCAGAAUAAAGUUGAAUUUUGAGAGCCCGCAAUUUAUAACGGUCAGUGGUUUGUUUACUUCACGUGCACGCAGACAAAGGGAAAGAGAGUAUAGAUCAAGGAUUUUCCAAAGCCAGUACUAAGAUUUACAAAAACAUCUUUUCCAAUUGUUAAUUCGUGAAUGGCUUGAAGCUGUUCGAACUUAGGACUAAAAUUAUAUUUACAUUUUUUUAAGGCAUAACUAACGGCAUUUAGAAAAGCCGGUCCAAAAUUAUCUUUGUAUUUCAAGUGGAAACUACCUUCCACCGCGCUCUCCGCCAUCUUGGUAAUUGUAUAGGACUAGGUAACCUCGUGAUUACCACAUCGGUGUGGUAAUCACGAGGUCGCUAAGCUGACAUGCGCAUGCAAGUUAUACUGGACUCUCUUUCCCCAGCGAUUCCGCGAGCGUCGGAAACGAGAGGCC